UCAAUUAUUUGGCUCUCAGCUCUCUUUAUAGUCCAACUCUAUAUAGUCCAACUUUAUAGUCCAACAUCCAUACAUGACCCCAGGUUCGCCAAUAAACUAGCUGUGUGGUUACGGACCAGUCACUCACCCUCUCUGUAUCUUACCAAGCUCAACAGUGAAAGAGGGUCCUCCUGGCACCCCUCUCAGGACAGACACAUUUUGGAAAAGUGCUCAGAGGGCUGAGCAGGGUGGUGACUGCAAGGGACUGUUGUUCCCACAAGCCAUGUCUCCUGCCCAGCUCCUCCUGGUGACCUGUGGGUGGCAGCACUAGACCCCCGUUCUUGGAGAGACAGCCUGCUUGCCACCCCCAUCCUGGGCUCUGCCUGCAGGAGCCUAGGUCAGGAGAGAUGCUGGCAGGAGUGACUGGCUCCCCCUGACCGCUCGCAACCACUUCCAUGUGGGUAUUCUACUGAGAGCCCACCCGGGCAGGUUCACGACACUGCCAGGGGACGGGCCAGAUCAGGGAGGUGCCAGCCCUGACCUAGGUCAGGGGUGGCCACGUCCAAAUGACCUCUAGGAACAUUCUGGGACCCUCAUUUCUGGGUUCAUCACUCUCUCACUCCCUCUUUUCCCCAAAGGCGUCAGGGUAAAGCCCUAAGACCCAGAAGCUUUCGGAUUGGUCUUGGGGGGCUGCCAGCGGGUGAGGAGGCAGGAGGAGCAGGGGUCUGAGUCUUCACAGUGGGUGGGGCCACUUUAGGAGGAGAGAGCAGCCUUCAGCCAAGAUGGACUACAGAGUGGCCUUCAGUUUGGGAAAGGGAGGCCCCAGCGGGCCAGACUGUUGGUCAGCAUUCUCUGACCGGCAUUUGACCUGACCAGGAAGGCAUCCCUCACGUAGCUGGAAGCCCCUCAAAUGCCAUCUAUUUGUGGCCUGGACCCUGCUGCCUGGCAGGAGACAUGUGACCAUGGGGCUGUGGUAUUUUUGGCAAUGGGGGUGGGGCCUGAGCAGCGAGCCCUGCACCAUGCCGCUCUGGGACAGGCAGCUCGGACGCCCAGCUCCGCUGCCCCGGCUGGCUGUGGGGUCCCAGGACAGAAAUGGAGGGCUGGCCUCUGGGCCAUGGAAACCUGAGGGGGCAGGUGGGGUGGUGGCAGUGAGUGCGGGCCGGGGCCCUGGGCCUGGGUCUGUGAAGAACCUGGUCUGUGGCUCACGUGCCUCUGCUGACCCAGAAUGGAGAACUUCCAGUACAGCGUCCAGCUGAGCGACCAGGACUGGGCUGAGUUUUCAGCCGCCGCCGAAGAGUGUGGCCUCCUGCAGGCCGGCUUGGCCUCUGGGGAUGAACCCUUGUCUAGCGACACUGACCAAAGGGACAGCAGUGGCAGCAGCCCCCCAGGGCCCUCACCCCUUCUCGAGGGGCAGCUGGCUCACGCAGGAAGUAGCUGGCCCAGCUUUGAGGAGGAGGACAAGGCCGCCACCCGGCAGCUGGUCAGCAGGUCUUGGCGUGAGCCCAUGCUGGCCCCAGAGGCCGGUCAGCAGACGCCCAGCACGUCCGCACGAUCAGAAGCUCGGCUGUCCCUCAGCUCUGGUGCCGCCCCUCUCAUCCAGGGCUCAUCCCUCCCGGGGCCAGUGUCUUCCAGAGACGAGAUGCAGAGGAUUCUGCAGGGGCCAGCCCCCCGGGGCCCUGCCCCUACUCCUGUUGGUGAGCCCGCUGGGAGUCCUGAGUCCCCUGGCCGCAGUGCUGCCCCCCAGAGGUCCCCUGGCAGCCCUGGAGCCCCGCCAAGAAGCCCUGGCCGAAAGAAGAGGCGCACUGCAGGCACCAAAGCGGGUGGGCGCUCGGGUGGCCCAGGCCCUGCUGCCACCCAGCUGGGUUCCCCACUGCUCACAGAGGCCAGGCCUGAGGACAACCUCGGCCCUACUGGGUCCAGGGGGAAGGGUCUCCCAGCAGGAGCAGCAAAGCAGACAGCAGGAACUGGGCAGAUUGAGCUGGGGCCAGAAUCUGCAGGAGCCCCCGAGCAGGUGGCCAGACAAGGGCCAGGUGUGGAUCUGUCUAUGUCUGUCCCCACUACUGAGCAGGGAACAGACCGACUUGGAAUGAGCCCCAGAGCUGGGCCAUGCGCUGUGUCCAUGUCUGACCCAGAGGCUCCUCUAGAUGUCACGAUUAAGUCAGACGUGGCUCUAUCCACACCUGCCUCCGAACCUCUACCUGCUGAGUCUCAGUCUACACCUGCCUUCAAGCCUCAACCCGAUGAACCUCAGUCUACACCUGCCUUCAACGCUCAACCCGAUGAACCUCAGUCUACACCCGCCUUCAACGCUCAACCCAAUGAACCUCAGUCCACACCCACCUUCAGUCCUCAACCCAAUGAGCCUCAGCCUACACCCGCCUCUGAACCUCAACCCGAUGAGCCUCAGUCUACACCCGCCUCUGAACCUCAACUCGAUGAGCCUCAGUCUACAGCCACCUUCAAGCCUAGACUGGAUGUGGACCUGCUUGUGCCGGGGCCAGUGGUCCAGCCAGAGGUGGAUUCAUCGAUGCCUGCCUCAAAGGCUAUACCAUGCACAGCUCUGCCUCAUCUUGUGCUCGAGGCUGGACCUGAUGUGGGUGUGUCUACACCACCUGCUCCCACACCCCAGGCUGGGCCUGACAUGGUGGAAGCAGAGGUUGUUCCCGUGGCCAAGCUGGGUUUGAGCCCUGUUCGGUCUCUAGAGGGGUGCCAACAGAAGCCCAGAGGGGAGCCCUCAAUAGAUGCCCCUGGACACCACACUGGGGAGCCCCCUCUAGGCCCCAUCCAAGCACCCAAGAAGAAGAAAGUGCGAUUCUCCGUGGCUGUGCCCAGCUCCGAAGAGCCAGGGUCAGGAGAGGCCUCAGGCCCACCCUCUCCAGCCAUAGCCCCCAGGAUGGCAGCUGGGGGCCACAGAGGCUCUGGAGCCUGGGACUCUGUGGCAGUUGGGCCCCGGAGCCCCCAGCCUCGGAUUCUGAAGCACCUGCCCCCCCCUGCCCCCUCUGCCUCUGUGGGGACAGGGCCCAGGAGCUGCUUUGCGGUGACCCUCCCGGAAGCCUAUGACUUCUUCUUUUGUGACACCAUUGAGGAGGAAGACGAAGAGAAUGAGGGGGCAGCAGAGGCUGCCCAGGCUCCAGCUGAAGUCCAGUGGCCAGAUGUGUGUGAGUUCUUCUUCCAAGACAGCCAAGUCCAGAGGUCGAAGCACCAGGAGGGCCGCUCCGAGGCCCCACCCCUACAGCCUGGGCCUGUGCCGGCCCCUCCACCUGGAGACCCCAUGCCAAUCUCCAUCCCUGAGGCCUAUGAACACUUCCUUGAGGAGGACAGGUCCGGGGGCACGCUGGGGCCAGCCGCCCUUCUCCAGGUGCAGGCCACAGAGCCCCCCAGGUCAGUCCUCUGGGGAGUGGGGACUGGCGCCCCACCGGAGUCCAGCCCAGCCACAGUGGAACAGCUCACCCUGGCCAUCAGGGAAGCAGUGGCACCCCGGGGUCCCCUCACCUCGUUCACCUUCAGCCAGAAAGACAUGUGCAUGGUGUUCGUAGCCUUUGCUACCUGGGCUGUGAGAACAUCAGACCUGCAUGCCCCAGACGCCUGGAAAACAGUUCUGCUGGCCAACAUUGGCACCAUCUCUGCCAUCCGAUAUUUCCGCCGGCAGGUGGAGCGGGGGCGCCACAGCCGCAGUCGCAGCCCCAGCCCCAGCUCCAGCCCCAGCCCCUAGGACCCAGGCUUGGCCCAGGAAGAUGCAGGACAAGGAAAUGUCCACAGGUGCUCAGGACAAGGCACUGCCCUCAGGCCUUGCCCUCUGACUGUUUGUGUUCUGCAGUGUCUAAGAAGGAGACUGCGUCCUUGGUCCCGGCUCCCCUGGACUCCACUGAGGGUCUGACCAGUGGCCGAGGCCAAGGCUGUGCUCCACACUUGGGAGCGGGGAGAUUCUGGAAGGCUGGGUAGGUAGGGGCUGAGCAGGAAGCUGGUUAGUAAGGUGGCCAGGUUAGCAAUAAAAAACACAAGGCGUCCGAUGAAAAUUGAAUCUGAGACACUCAGGAUGAGUCCCACUUAUGCUAAGGAACUGUUUGUGGUUUAUCUGAAACCGGAAUUAACUGGAAUCCUCAUCCUAUGUGGUUAUGCUUCUGGAGGGAGGGCCACGACAGGGCACUGGAAGUUAGAGGGGUUCAGAGAAGCAGCAAGGCCCCAGCAGGAGAUCCGGGCAGGGGGAAAGGGCAAGGAGGCAGAGGGCCUCAAGGCUGGGGGGUGGGGCGGUGUCCCAGCCUUUGCCCUGUUUACAAGAGGCUGGGCCGGUGGAGGCCUCUGAGGCUUCUCCGACCCUGGAGCCCCAAGGGUCUGGUCAAGGCCUCCUUGGCUCCUGCCCGAGAUGGUGAGCAGGUACCCAGAGGGAUAGGGGUCUGUAGGCAGGGCCUGGAGCCCCACCUCUGGGGCGCCCUGGAGGAGCUACAGAGACAGAAGGCAAGGGUAUUGGGUGGAGGGACUGGACACCUGGCUUCACCCAGGGCUGAGAGGAGCUGGAGAUGGGACAGGAAAGCAGGCAGGGCACAGGCAGUGGUGGAGCAAGGGGGGCUGGUUGGGUGUCCAGCCCUGGAAGCAGCACAUGCAGGGUCCCCAGGACGCAGGAGACUACUGGCUGCUGAGGACAGGACGCAUGGACACACAGCACCAAUAAAACCUCCUCUUUCCUUCC